UAGAGCAGGAGAGAAGAGAGAGAGAAAGCAAGCGAGCAGAGCUCUCCGAGAGAGCUUCGUGUUUGUGUCUGUGUGUGCAGCUGCUCCUUAUUUCGAGAAAGGAAGAGUGCUGCGAUGCGAGGCGUCUAGAGUUUGUGUAUGUGUGUGUAUUAUGUGCGCGGGUGUUUGUGUAUGUGCAUGAGUUGCCAAGGUGGAAGAAGACGGUCCUGCUGGUGCUUGCCCUGGUGCAAAGUGUUUGUCGCGAGCACAUGCCAAAACUCACAGCCGCCCCUCGACAAGACUGCUGUGCUUUCUUUUCGAGCUCUGAGACCUGCUGGCCAAGGACUUGGACAAUUGCAGCCUGCUGUACAAGAACCAAGCAUGGGUGGCUAAGACUGAAGGAUAGAGCAUGGCUCGCUCGAAGGCAACAGCAUGCGCGAGAAGUCGUCGGAAUGUCAUGCCCAGGCGAGUCACCACUUGAUAACGAUGACCGAGAUGUGUUCCCGGGAGUCGGGACCCGGCGUGCUUCAGCACCAUUCAAGCAUCGCCAAGGCCAAUGGCAAGAACCCGUCCAGCCCUCAGCAUCAGCCACAACACUCGCCCCAGCCCCACCAGAUGGUGCACACCCAGUCACAGCAGCCGCGCGCUUCUGACGGCCGGCUACUUGGUGGCCAGGAAGACGAGGGCCACACUAGCAAUGGGAACAAUCUGCCCACCCCAGGAGGCCGGCUCAAGUUCUUCAAGGAUGGCAAGUUCAUCUUGGAGCUGUCGCAUCGUAGAGACGGCGAAAGGACCACGUGGUUUCCUGUACCCAAAAAGACCUUCUGGCCGCCGGCCAGCGUCACUCCAAGCCGCCAGGAGAGCUCGGCCUCUCUCAGCGUUUCAGACGAUAACUCGUCGAUCCAGUCAAGCCCGUGGCAGCGCGACCACUGCUGGAAGCAAACGAGUCCAAGGCGCAACAUUUCGACUGAGUUUAAUUUUUAUUACCGACGCAAUCCUAAGGCGCGAUUAAGCGUCCAUCCGAGACUGAUAGCUCGCAAGAGACGGCAACCACUGGAUACUAGUUCCUCGCUGGCGCUGCUGCAGGAGUCGGCCGCGAAUCGCCAGAAAUCCAAGCAGCAGUCACAGCUACCACAACCACCGCCUAUUGUGCGCAAGCUCAAUGGUGGCACCACACCUCCCAACAAAAGUCUGAACAUCAUCAUUGAAAAGCUUGCUCGCCUACUGGAAUCGAACGUCGUGUCACCUCGCAAGCGCAUUCUACGUGAACUCGAAAGGGUCAGUCUCGAGGACCAGGCGUCCAAGCGUAGAGCCACACCACUACAGCCCGCAAACAGUACAAUGGCAAACGAGACGGCACCCCCAGCAUUAAAGCAACUAUCGUCAUACAGUAUCACAAGCAUCCUGGGUGAAGAUAAGAUCUCGCCAAGUAUUGAGAACGAGCCAGGUUUCUUGCGGAAUCUCCUCAAGCCGCAGGAUCAUCAUCAUCAUCACCGACAUCACCAUCAAUCUCAUUCGCCGCAACAUCAGCCUCAUCGCUCGCCGCAACAUCAGGCCCAUCGCUCACCACAACACCAGUCUCACCGCUCGCCCCAGCAUCAGCCACAUUGCUCGCCCCAGCACUCGCACUCUCCUCAACACCACUUAUCACCGCCACCGGUGUAUCAUCCGCGCUCGAAUAGGCUUGAGUCGACGUUACCAACCACAGCUUACUUGAGCCCCAAUGCUGCCCCGUCAAUCCAUCAGCCGCUCUACGGUCUGCCAAUAUUGCCACCCACGGCCUACAGGACGCCACCCUUCUGCUGGAUGCACUACACACAGCCAGUACAUUAUCCGCCCCCGAUGCCCCUGUACGCAGCGCCGCCCCAGCCGCCCCCGCACACUCCGUCGCCCUCACCGCCUGCCCAUCGUUACAAGGACUACAGGGAACAGACCCUUACGCCUCCUGCGGAUAAGCCACUGAACUUGUCCAAGCAUGCAAGUUGAAUCUCAAAAUCCCAAACGUUGGUGCCUUAUUGUUGGACAGAUUAUAAAUGAAAUUACAUUAGAUAAUAGAUAAUAUGCGCAAACACUGCCUGUGCAACGUCGACGAACACACAUAUGUUAGUAUUUUUGUAUCCCUAAAACAAAAUAGAAAGUACAUAUACCUAGUAGGUAAAUAUUUGAAAUAAAAGCGCUUAGCUGCUAUUUUUUAGGAGUCGAGAUUCUCACAGCUGUUUAAGACUUAUUCUGCUUAGAUGGGUAUAUUUACUCUAAAAUUUCAGCCGAUAGUUAAAAAAAUUACUUUCAAGAUAAAAAUGUUCCUAAAAAAUGAAUUAUGAUAUUCUUACAAAUUAUUAGACUUUCCACCUAUUGAAUCGUCCAACUAUUACCGUUAUCAGUUAACAUUCAUUUUUUCGCUCAUAAACUCCAAAGUAUUCCUAAGUAUGAAAAAAAAUUUUGUAUCAAGGUUUCUUGUACGAAGUUUUUGAAAAACAUUCGAGCAAUUUUGUUGAAAAUUUCAUCUAAAUUAGUCUUGAUUUCUUAAGCAAAUGGUACUCUUCUGCUAUUAAAUGGCGAAUCUGAAACUUACUUGUUCUUUGUACAAGCAUAAUAAUGCAUAUAUUUUAAUAACUUUAAUCUUAUUUAAGUAAUUCUUAAUAAAGUAUCAAGCUUUAAAAAAUCAGCAUUUCUUACAUUGCCUUCCCUAGCCUCUAUUAAUGCUUGGUAAGGGAUGUUGUUUCUUCGAAAAAAACUAGAUCCCAAAAAUUAGUUCCAACCUUCAAAACCAUUACUUCAAAUUAAAAAAAUAUUGAAAAUUUGCAGUCUUAAAUUUAUAGUAAGUUUUAGAAAUACGUUAUCGUGCAGAAUAUUAAUGUAGAGACUUAAAUUAUCAUUCUGGAGUUUUUACCUACAUCAAUAAUGUUUACUAUGUUAAAACAGUAAAAGUCAUUGAGCGCCUACCAAAAUUUCUCACUACUCGAAUUAACAUGAUCAAAUAAACUGUGUUGUUCAACUUAUCAGCACUUAUAAUAAAAUAAUUCAAAAAAUUAUGAGGUCCCUACGAUCAGAAAACUCAGCAUAGAUGGUGGACUGUAGCUAAGAAAAAAAUGGCAUCACUGACACACUGUUACUCUAAGUGACGACAAUAUAAGGUAAUGUGGCCUUACUUUUGUGACAUUAAAUCCGUCAGGCUGACGUCAGGAGAUAAUGAAUAGUACAUUUUUGUAAAUGACCGUAGGGACCUCAUCGAUGGUUAGUUACAUAUUCGGUUACUUACAAUCUUUGACCGAAAUCACAAAAUCCACCAUAUCAUGAGAAAAUUAUUAUAAUCUAUGAAUGAGCAGAACAUUAAGAUUUACAAACAGUGCGUUAUAGGUAGGCGGGUGCAUUGUCCUGGUGCGAAAAUCACAAUUUUUUUUUUAUAACUCCGAUCGUUUUUUAUAAAAUUGCUCUCGCAGUGUUUCCAAAACACUCAAAUGAAAAUUUUGGUUCGCAUUUUAACCCUCUAGAACCUGUUCAAGCAUCACGAUGCCGUGAAUGUAAAAAAAAAAAAACAGACACGGGUAUGACCUGUAACGUUGGUCAUUAUCGGUUCUCUCACUGGAUCGUCAAAAAAUCUUUUGAAUCAUUCCGAAACACGUGCAUGGGAUGAAAUAUUCUCACCAUAAGUCUCUUCAAAUAAUUUGUAGCACUUAACAGGAGUUUUUUUAAUUUCACGAAAAAUUUCACACUAAUUCGUCGCUGGUGUUUUUCGUUACACAUUUUAAUGGUUCAGGAAAAAAACACGUUCGUUUCUAACCUAUAUAGUUAAACUACCACUACAGCAGCCAUAAGGAUGUAUUUUUGUCAUAGAAAUAAGAUGAAUAGAGAUUUUUAUUGUUCUGUCACGAAAUCAAUUAUUAAGUUAGGUAACUAGUCUGGAAAUGACGCUUGUAUCGCGAUUACUUUUCUGCAUUAUAAUUUGUAUCGUUACAUUUGCUAAGAAUCUCACAAAAUAUUUUCUUCUUACAUAUGUUACAAUUUUCCAAUUCAAGGCCUGAAAAAUGUUUAAAAAAAUUUUCAUCCCAUCGCGAUAUACGUUAAAAAGUAAAAAUACUUUAAACUUUAAAUAUUUAAAAAAUACUUCCAAACAAAAAUUGAUGCUUUGAUGAAGAUAAAUGGUGGAAUGAUGUAUUGAAGCAAGCUUUGUAAAGUACGUUUAGACAGAAAAUUCGUACUUAUAAAAUAAAAUUUAAUUUUUAAAAUACCAAAAAAUCUGAGUUAAUAACCAUAUGUAUCUGCUGACAUACGACCAUAAUGUAUGCCUUAAUCAGCAUUAGUUCACUUUACAGCUACUUAAAACAAAAUAGCAUUAUCAGUUAUCAAUACUUAUAGAAACAUCAAUGAUAUAUCACUAAUUUUAUAACUAACCUCAGUCUUUCGUCCUUUUCUAUGUCAAGCAUCAGUAGGUAAUCAAAUGUAAAUUCAAUCCUAACUUUUAUAGAUUUAAAUUAUUUUUAUUCUUUGGCAUGGUGCAAUCAACAAUAAAUUAUUUUUAAAAGAUAGCUGCACUUAAACUUCACGAAAGUACGUACUGAAAAAUUUUAAGUAUUUUGAAACAGUAGUAUAAUUUAAAUAACGUGUUUAGCAGUACUCAUAACAAAAUGCCCCUCAAACUGCACAAAAAUACUUAUUUUUAUAUGUAAUCUGAUUUGCUAAAUUUUAAAAACUUAUUGACAGUAACUACUUUUUUUGUAAAAUAUAAAAUAUCUAAAUUUUUUUAAAACUAGCCAACUAAAGGUAGUAUUCCAGAGAUUUUUUCUUAUACUUAUUAUUUGAGCUUUGAAAAUAGUCAAAUUUUAGUAUGGUCAAAAUUACAGUUUAGUCUGCGGUCCAAUAAAUAAGAUAUUUACUUGCAAAUUAACAAUGAAUAGUAUGAGAUGGAUUGGUGGACGGGCAAAAACCUUGUAUAUUUUUGUCACUUACAAAAUAAGUUUUCUUGGAGUUGAUUGAAAAAAUGAAUUUAUGAUUAUUUAAAGUACUAAAAAAAUGUAGUAAAAUUUUGUGUAGCGCUUCUCAUACUAAACGUCGCGAAAUUUUAAUGAAAAAAACAAUACUUGACAUGAACAAUAUAUAUUCUAAAUCUCAUAUAAAAUCAGAUUUACAUAUUUUGAUUCGUAUCGACAGCACUGUUCCUGUAAGAUAGUACGGUUUUUUAAACGACUUUUAAUUUUGAUAAGGAUGUACGUACAUAUUUUGUAUGGCUAAACUUUAAGCAAAUAUGCAUAGUUGCCAUACCUCGAUACGCAACACAGAAAGAUGAAUUUAGCUCUUCUGUGCAUGGAAGGUGAGUUUAAUAAGCGAGUAGCUUUUAACCUCUACUCCAUUAAUAAAAAUACAUUGUUGCGUUAAAAAUUGUAUUAUUAUUUGUGCACAAUUGUUCCAGUAUACUACCUUAAUUGGCUAGUGCGUAAGUAUAACGCUUCUAUAUAUCUACGUGAUAUCUUGUGAAUUUCGGAUAGUCACGUGCUUUACUUUUUUAUUUACCAAGGAAGGUAUUUUGAAAAUUACAAAACUUUUAAUGCUACUAAGAAUUGUUAGUAUGUAUUUUGGUCUUGAGCACGAUCUCGAAACAGCGCCCCCAUCUACCAUCUAAAAACCAUUAGUUUUAAUUAAAAAAGUACAGUACUAAGUUUGUUCGGGUGUGUUGACAUGAACUGUAUGUACACAUACAUAUUAUACAUAGUAAUUUCUUUUUUUGUUGAAAGCCAAUCGUUUUCAAGUUGCUCGAUAAGGGUGCUGUUUCAGAAUUACGCUCGAAGUCAACGUAUAACAAACUUAAUGAAUUUUUAUUUUCUUAAACCCUGAUGGUCAUAAAAUUUUUUUUGACAUGUUAUAUCUGUUU